AUGUCCGAACCUAAUUCAACGUCCCGAACCUCCGCCUACCUCGACGCGCUCUCUCAGGCGAUCCACAAGAAGCUUCAGAAGGCGCUGGCAAAUUCCUCGCAGAGGCGUAAUUUGUUGCAGGAGCUGUUUGCGGACAUAGCUUUAGAAGUCGAUGACCGAGCCAAAGAUGUAAUUCUCAACAAGGAAGAAGAUGGCAUCUCUCCCGCCGAGGAUAUUAAUGAUGGUCCUAUAUGCUUCUACGACGUGCUUGCUGAUUAUUUUGUGCGAGUUUCUGAGAGCGGAAAACCUAUCCUUGACUUGAUCGUUCAACUUUGGAGCCAAUCGUUUGCUUCACAUAUCUUUGCCCUCCUGUUUCACAAAUGGUGGACCUCGCAUCAUUCAAGUCUAUACUAUGGUUGCCUGUCAACUGAUGGAUAUGAUCAUUUCCUGGAGAUCGGUGAUAAACAUCCCCUCGUAGCCAAGGUGAUUAGAAAGAGCGUUCAAGCUGAUUUGAGAGUCGAGAGAGUCGACAGUGUGGAUGGAUCGUUGAGGGGUUUCCUCUGCUGUAAUAAGAAGUCGAUAUCCAUAUUUGCAAAGCAAACCCAAGUUCCUAGUUUUGAUGAAUCACUGUUUCAUCUUGACAAUCCAGAAGUGCUCCUCCGGUAUUCAGCUGCUUUGGUUCAAGGUGCCACUAAUGUUUUCUGGAUUGACAUUCAAACUAAUACAAGGCGAUUCCAGUCUUUAUUCUGUUACCUUUUGCAAGAUGUUGCAUUGGACCACACUCGAUUGAAUAAAAUUCCUUUUCAGGCUCAGCGUGAUACGUAUCUCUUGCUCUCAAGGUUCAUUCUAUUUUACAAUAAAGCUGACAAAAUAGAUAGCUUCUUGAAACAAUGUCCUGCUUUCCCAACUGCUUUCCUAAUUGGUGGUUCAGCAGAUAUAUUUGUUACUGAACUCACUGAUCAGCUUCAAAAGCUAAAGGUGGAACCAGUGCUGCUUCAUUACCUUUCAGAAAUUAAGAUCCUUCAGGGUACUAUAUCAAUACAGAUGCAAUAUUUGGACAGGGAUCAUUAG